AGGCAUAUAUCCAUGGCUUCAAGUUUCCGCCAAGAUCGGUUCUGUGUCCGAAGCCACCCAUUUCGCACAAGGUUUGGCUUGUAUGGCGAUGGAGCUUCAAUUUCUCUCACCUCUGCCGCAAUCCCACUACCUACGCUGUGGAAAAAAUGCCGGCGCGUCCAAGCUGGUUCCUUCCGCUCCUUCCUACCGCCGUGAAAGAGCGAUUUGUUGUCUGAGAAGCUUGGGUGGAGUUGAUGAGAAAUUAUACUGCGGAUAUGGAAAUUUUACUCAGAAAAGUUCAAGUGUCAAUCGCGGACCUAGGGUUGUGGAUGCAGCUACAGUCGAUGCUUCUGUUGGUGUACAGACUGAAGCAGAAGUAUGGAAGUAUCUCUUCCGAACCGAUGCCGGUGGUCUAGUGAAGGUGUGUGUUAAUUAUACGAGGAAUGUCAUGUAUGGAGUUCAGAUUGAGGCUUUACCAUCAGAGUUUGGUAAUGGACAAGGGGAGGUAGUUAUGGUUUGGGGAUUGUUUAGAUCUGAUGCCAAGUCUUUUAUGUCUUUGGGCUCAACAAUUUCUGGGAAUUGUGAUGCUCAGAAUACUGUGGAAACAGUGAUUCAAACGAAACCAUCUGGCAAGCUUGAAGUUGAGCUAAAUUUUGAACCGAGUUUAGCUCCUUUCUACUUGUCUUUCUUUCUCAAGUCUUCUUCAUUGAGUUCUGAAGCUAGUAUUUUAGAAACAAGGAGUCAUAGGAAUACGAACUUUGUUGUACCGAUUGGGUUCAGUUCUGGUCAUCCUGCUCCAUUGGGUUUAUCUUUUCUCCAGGACGGAUCUGUGAAUUUCGCAGUUGUGUCACGUUGUGCUAGGAGCGUAGUUUUGUGCUUGUAUGAUGACAUGAGAAAGGAGAAGCCUGAUAUAGAGCUUGAUUUAGAUCCUUAUGUAAAUCGAACUGGAAGUGUCUGGCAUGCAUCGAUAGAUGGUUCUUUGCCAUUUGUGGGUUAUGGUUACCGUUGCAGAGGGGAAAUUGGCGAGAAGGCAGAACACGUUCUGUUAGAUCCAUAUGCGAAGAUCAUUGAUGAUAGGAUUCUUCCCGAGGAAGGCCCUGUCAUAAUUCCAAGAUCUCUUGGGCAGUUAUGCGAGGAACCUGCAUUUGAUUGGAGCAGUGAUAUUCGACCUAACAUACCAAUGGAGAAACUAAUACUUUAUCAUUUGAAUGUAAGCAAUUUCACAAAGGACAAUUCCAGUAAGUUACCCACUCACCUUGCUGGAACUGUUCUUGGUAUUACAGAGAAAUUAGAGCAUUUCAAAGAUCUUGGCGUCAAUGCAAUCUUAUUAGAGCCUAUUUUUCCUUUCGACCAGCAGAAAGGACCAUAUUUUCCGCUGCAAUUUUUUUCACCCGGGCAGUUAUUUGGGUCUCCUGGCAAUCCUUCUGCAGUUAUAAAUGAUAUGAAAGAGAUGGUGAAGAAAGUCCAUGCCAAUGGAAUAGAGGUUUUUCUUCAGGUUGUUUUCACCCACACAGCUGAGGGUGCAUCUUUGUUCCAUAUUGAUAAAUCUUCCUACUAUUAUCCUGAAGGUGAUCAGGCCUUGAAAUUUCGACAUUCAUUGAAUUGCAAUUACCCUCUUGUCCAACAACUGAUUUGGGACAGUCUCCGCCAUUGGGUGGUAGAGUACCACAUUGAUGGUUUUUGUUUUGUUAAUGCUUCUUCCUUGACGAGAGGAUUCCACGGAGAGCUCCUGUCGCGCCCUCCUCUAGUUGAGGCGAUUGCUUUUGAUCCUUUACUUUCCAAUGUAAAGUUGAUUGCAGAUUUUUGGAAUCCUCUAGAAAAAACAUCCAAAGAAAUUAUAUUCCCUCAUUGGAAGAGAUGGGCAGAGAUGAAUUCAAAAUUCUGCAAUGAUGUGAGGGACUUUUUGAGGGGCAAUGGUUCCUUAAGUAGCCUCGCUACACGGCUCUGCGGAAGCGGUGAUGUGUUCUCUGCUGGACGUGGCCCUGCAUUUUCCUUCAACUAUAUUGCUAGAAACUUUGGACUUCCUCUUUUAGAUUUGGUCAGCUUUAGUAGACAUGAGCUAGCUUCCGAGUUAAGUUGGAACUGUGGAGAAGAAGGUCCAACAAACAACAGUGUUGUCCUUGAAUGCCGGCUGAAACAGAUUCGCAAUUUUCUCUUCAUAUUGUUCAUUUCGCUCGGAGUUCCAGUUCUAAACAUGGGGGACGAGUGUGGUCAGUCCACAGGGGGCUCCCCUGCAUACGACGCUCGAAAACCAUUUGAUUGGAAUGCCUUAAAAUCUGGCUUUAGUGUGCAGACUACGCAAUUCAUUUCAUUCUUGAGCAAGUUGAGGACUCGAAGAAGUGACCUUCUACAGAAAAGAAGUUUCCUCGACGAGGAGAGCAUUGAGUGGCAUGGGAGUGACCAAUCUCUUCCUAGAUGGAACGACCCAUCGAACAAAUUUCUGGCUAUGACUUUGAAGGUACGAGCCAAAGAAGUUGAUGAAUCAAGCUCUGCCCAUGAUAAACCUGGACACCUAUUUGCUGCCUUCAAUGGUGCUGACCAUUCAGAGAACGUCGUUCUUCCCCCACCACCUGCACACAUGGUUUGGUAUUGCCUGGUGGAUAGCGCCCUUCCUUUUCCGCGGUUUUUUAGCGAGGAGGGAACUCCCCUUGAGGAUGGAUCAGCUACAUAUGAGAUGAAGUCUCAUAGCUGCCUGCUCUUGGAAGCAAAAUGCCUGGUACAUAAAUAAUAAUGCUGUAGAUGAGUGAUGGAAAAAGAUUGCAGUAUCUGAGACCUAGUGAGAGCAGAAAGUAACGUUCAGCUUAAAUAAUAUGCUUUGCAGUUCGAUCAUAGAUUGUUCAAUAGUUCUAUUAGUUCUAUAGCACAGAGUAUUGGUCUUAUAUAUCUAUGGCCUAUAAUAUGGCAUAUACUUCUGGGGUUG